AUGGCCAAUGCCUUUUCCUUGUUACUGAACAAAAGCAAAAAACCAGUUUCCGGUUUAUUCGUCAUCUCACUCAUCUAUGCGAUCUACAAAGCGAGACAAAAUUUCAAAGUACAUACAAAGGCAGCUCCUUAUAAGAGUAACCAACAGCAAUAUCAACAUGAAACUAAGACGAAACAGAAGAAAAGAGUUGGAGUCAACGCUGAAUUUAUUGAACAGAUGAAGAGACUAUUGCCUAUCUGUGUACCUGGUCUAUUCUCCAAAGAGUCUGGUCUAUUACUUGUUCUAGCUACUGUCCUUAUAGCUCGCACAUGGUUGGAUAUUUGGUUUUCAGGUUUCAAUGGUUCUGUAGUGAAAGCCAUUGUUUCAAGAAAUAGAAAGGAUUUCAUAGCAAAAGCAAUUGUUGAGUUUGGUUUGAUGAUGUGGCCGAUGAGUAUUGUCAAUAACUCGCUCAAGCUAACUAUCAAUGCACUCGCACUUAGUUUUCGAGAAAGGUUGACUUCGCAUGCGCAUAACCAAUAUCUGGAUGGAAUUACCUUUUACAAAAUAUCCAAUUUGGACAACCGACUUCAUAAUGCAGAUCAACUGUUGACUCAAGACAUAGACAAAUUCUCAGAGAAUUUGUCUCACUUGUAUUCGGAUAUAGCAAAGCCUGUGGUUGAUAUAUUCUUAUUUGCGUACAAGCUAGGAGAAGCAAUAGGUACAGAAGCACCCUUCUUCAUGAUUGGUUAUUUUGUUCUAUCUGGUGUCUUGCUUCGUGCUUUCUCUCCGCCAUUUGGUCGAUACACUGCUGUGGAGCAAAAAUUGGAAGGCGAUUUCAGAUUCACACAUUCUCGUAUUAUUACACAUUCUGAAGAAAUAGCAUUCUACCGUGGUGGGGAACGUGAGAAGGAAGUUGUUAAUAAUACAUUCCAAAAGAUAUCAGAUCAUGUACGUAAGGUGUAUACUUUACGUUUCCUCAAUGGUAUUUUUGAUUCUGUUCUUGUUAAAUACUGCGCUACAAUGACGGCCUAUUACCUUCUAGCAAGACCAGUAUUCGAUCCUCGCUAUGCCACGAAACGCAUGGGUGCAUUGGCAGAUGAUCCCACAAAAUUGAUGGAAGACUAUUCUAGAAACUUCGGCCGAUUGAUUUUAACAGGACGUGAUUUAACGCGUUUUGCUGGUUAUACCUCUCGUGUUGCCGAACUCUUCGAUGUAUUGACUGAUGUUCGUAAAGGGAAGUAUUCGCGCACCAUGAUGUCUACAGAAGAAGGAAUCAAUGCGGCUACAAAGAACAGGAUAGUGGAUACGAAUAAUACAAAAGGCAAAGUGUUGAUUCAAGAUGGCGUCAUUGUUUUUGACAAAGUGCCCAUUGUGACGCCAAAUAGCGAUGUUUUGCUCAAAGACCUAUCUUUCAAGGUCAACACUGGUAUGAACUGUUUGAUUUCGGGCCCUAAUGGUUGCGGUAAAAGUUCUCUAUUCCGUAUCCUGGGUGAUUUAUGGCCAUUAUUCGGUGGUACCUUGACCAAACCAGCUGCCAGUCAAUUAUUCUAUGUUCCCCAAAAGCCUUAUCUCCCUCUUGGAACUUUCAGGGACCAAGUCAUUUAUCCCGAUACACAAAGUGAAGCUUUAAAGAAAGGAUAUAAUGACGAUGCUAUCAUGAAGUUACUGGAUACGGUACAUUUAGGGUAUUUAGUGGAACGUGAAGGUGGCUGGGAUGCUGUGCAAGAUUGGGCUGAUGUUUUAUCGGGGGGUGAGAAACAAAGGGUAGCCAUGGCAAGAUUGUUUUAUCAUAAACCCCAAUUUGCUAUUUUGGAUGAGUGUACAAGCGCUGUCAGUGUGGAUAUCGAAGCUAUUAUGUAUGAGUACGCUCGUAAAGAGGGUAUUACUCUGUUUACUGUAUCACAUAGAACUUCACUUAUCCGUCAUCAUGAAUUCCUUUUACGUUUCGACGGCGAAGGUCAUUAUGAAUUUAGAGAAAUGGAUCCUGAGGAUGUUACAUCCGCUUUUGGUUUUGGCCAUGGUAAAUCCAAGCCUCAGGCCAAAUUAGACGAAGGACAACAUUAG